AACAGACGGUUAUCUGAACUAUUACGUACGGUUAGACGCUAAAAUAGUUUAAAUUACCAGGCUGUUUGUGUCUUUAACCUACUGCUCAUGUUCACAUUUCGUCACGUUAGAUACGCAUGCAUGGACCGCGAGAAAGUUAAUUCCGAAAGUGUUUCAGAUAUGAGGCUAGAAUUGUUUUACGGCCGGGUUAUCUGCUUACGGUAAGCGUUUUAUUGCGGUUGUUUUUAUCGUUUUAAGGAACGUAACAACGAAGCAAUCUCGGUUUGACAACUGUAGGCUACUGUGCCUCCCACUAUAUCCAGACACUGAUCCUGAGUCAUUGACAGUAUAUCGACGUGCCACAGUUUUUCCCUGAGGACGCCUGGGAGUAACGAAGUGAAUUCGGGGUUGCAGUUUGAAUUUCAUGAAAGUCUCAGUUUUGUUUUAGUUUUUCGUUCCAGUUCUCUUUCCAUGAAUGGAGUUUUCCUCGCAGAGGAAGUGUAGCAGCAGAGAGAAGGACAUCGGGGGGAAGUUACUUUUAGGUUGUGCAUUCACAGCGUUGUCCGUCACUCAGUUCCACAGACUGUUGGCAGCCACAGGUCAGUUUAGGAGCAGUCAAUACAGUCCUGUUUGAAUGACAAAAACCAUAGACUAUCAAAUGUUAUUUCCUAUAUUUCUGUGCUAUUUUGCCCAUAUAAGUGACAAUUUUUGAUUUCGAAUCAUUAAUAAACUCUUUAAAUAUUUAAAUAGAAGAUAAUUUACCUUCAAUAGAUUCCAUGUCAUGUCAGUGACUCAAUCACUGCGUAAUUGUAUUACUAAACUGGAAAACUAGGGCUAUUUAUAUUUUACAUUUGUUUAUAUUGUUGUGAAAGUAAGGCGUUUUCUCUAUUGGAAAGUCUUAUUUACUUUAAACAGUUUACCUGUUAUGUGACCCAUUGAUUACAAUUCAAUUCCAGAUAUUUUUACUACACUGGAAAAUGUGUAAAACUCUUUUUAAGGGAUUUUAGCGCUUCUUCAAAAGUUGUUGAAUAUUGUUAUAACAAUCUGCACUUUGCCUUACAUCGCAAUAAAACCAAGAUGAUCUCUCUGACCGUACUACCAUAUAUUCAAACUCACCACCUGCUAUAAAGAUAGAUGAUGCAAGGAGUUGUGAAUGAGAUUUUUUUUUUAUCACAUGACCCAAAAUGUGUUAAAAACCAGAGGUUAGUUUGGUAACUGUUAGCUGAUUUCAGAGCUUUCCAAAAUUAUAUUCAAACUGCACCCCAGUUCCACUUCUGCUAAUUCAAAAGGACUUGGAAGGAAUAAUUGCCACAAUGGGCAGAUCUGGCAAACUUCAUGUGAUCAUCAUGUGGUAGGAAGGGCGAGUCAGAUAAACUCACGGUUUCUAAAGAGCAACAGACGAGGAGAAAUGUUUGCUCUUCCCUCCAGUUGAUGAAUGCAACAGAAGCCUCAAGGAAAGAGGUUUCAUAGGAGCAACAUGAGUUCUCAGGAUGAAUUCCCUCAGGACCUUUGCGAUGAUGGAGGCCUUGAUUGUUCUCAAACAAGAAAACAGAGAACCGGUUUUGUGGAAUACAGACAGCUGCCUCUUGACAACAACAGCGACACCUCCGAGAUUACGGACAUGGACACUGUGCCUAUCUUCCCUCUUAUGGAGGCCAAGUUGUACAAGCGGCGAUGGCUCAUGCUAUUCAUCUUCAGUGCUUACUCCAUGAGCAAUGCCUUCAUGUGGCUGCAGUACAGCAUCAUAGGCGACAUCUUAAUGCGGUUUUACAACAUUGACUCCGUGGCCACUGACUGGCUCUCCAUGAUCUUCUUACUCACCUACAUCCCCCUCAUCCUGCCAGUCAUGUGGGUGCUCGACAACCGAGGCAUCAGGGACGUAGUGGUGGUGGGCGCAGCCUUCAACUGCAUCGGGGCCUGGAUCAAGACGGGAACAGCCCACCCAGACAUGUUUGCCAUGACCCUCUUCGGCCAGUUUGUCUGUUCCAUUGCCACAGUUUUUAUCCUGGGUAUCCCCUCCAGACUCGCAUCCCUGUGGUUUGGGCAGCAUGAAGUCUCCACCGCCUGUGCCAUUGGUGUUCUGGGAAACCAGAUGGGUAUUGCCAUUGGGUUCCUGCUCCCGCCCAUCCUUGUGCCGAAUGUGGACGAUGUGGAUGAGCUGGCGUACUACAUCAGGAUCAUGUUCUACACCAGCGCAGGGCUGGCCACCGUCAUCUUUAUCCUCGUGGUCAUUGUGUUUCAGGAGAAACCAGAGCUCCCCCCCUCCCAGUCGCAGGCUCAGGCCAGGAGCGCCCCCCCCGAGGAGAACUCGUACAUGUCCUCUAUCUUGAGGCUGCUGCGCAACAAGCCCUUCAUGCUCCUGAUGGUCUCCUAUGUCAGACAAACCGCCUUGGCCGUGUAUGUCCUCUCUCUGAUCGGGAUGGUCAUCUACACCUUCACCCUCAACCUGGGUUACCUGUGGGUGGUGUUUGUCACAGCUGGAACUUUAGGCUUCUUCAUGACGGGAUAUCUUCCUCUAGGCUUUGAGUUUGCAGUAGAGCUCACAUAUCCAGAGUCAGAGGGAACCUCCUCUGGACUGCUGAACUGCUCAGCUCAGAUCUUUGGAAUCAUUUUCACCAUCUCCCAGGGGAAGAUUAUUGAUAGAUGGGGCACUUUUGCAGGAAACAUCUUCCUGUGUAUUUUCCUGCUAAUAGGAUCUGUACUGACAGGAUUAAUCAAGUCUGACCUCCGCCGGCAGCAGGCCAACCUCCAGCAGGCUGAGGUGCGGACAGUGAGUCCUACAGGCUCUGUGACAUCGGGGAAGGACUACGGGGCCACAGCGACCGUCCACUGGCAACGGCAAUCUUGACAUAAACCCAAAACCUCAUUAAAACCAAAACCUCUUCAUCACCAAAAGCCACGGCUGAGUUAGAAGGAGCCGUACCGCCACCUGCACUUCUGAAAGAGGGGAAGUGAUAAGGAGGACAGACUCUGACAAAGAUGCUGGUGACUGAUUCAUCACAAAUACUGUCACUUUAACAUGCAUUAACACACACACAGGAGCCACAGAGGAAGAAAAGCUGCAGUGAAGAGUGAGCAGAGGAGAGUGAACCCCUCUGAGCAGCACUCUGUCAAACAUCUGAUGUACUGUACGUCCACACACUGGUUCAAACACCAGAGACUAACACUAAUGCCCAGGUGCAAUGUAGCUCAUCCCAAACCAAGCACAAGGCAAUCAUUCACAAGGGGAACACACUUGGAUCCUCGUAGGUUUUUAAAAACAUUGAACUCAUCAUCUUAUUAAACAUUGAUUUUACCCAAUGGAGGCAUUUCAGUGCAAUGCAACUGCCACUUUAGUGUUUUUAAUUUUUCCCGAACUUUUAACCGUCUGAUUAGUGUUGAUUCAGUGAUCUAUGAAUCUUACAAGCAAUAUUUUAAAUGUGUUUCCUAAUACUUGACCAAUUUUGUGUGUAACUGAUCUCAGUCUUUACAUCACUGAAGGCAUUCAUUAGAGUGCAGUGUUCCUCUCAUGUUAUCAUCUCUACCUGCCAUCCAGGAUCACAUGGAGGAAUAACUUCUGCAUACUUUUGACUAUAAAUGUAAUUGAUGCCGUGCAUCAGUUUUGUCUUUGUGUAAUUGUAAGUGAUCGCUACUACACAUUUGGUGUUAGAUAUCUAGAUUAACAUGCAAUCAAGAAAGUCUGGAACAUGAGGAAUGUAAGCUCGGCUCAAAGCGAGACAGAAGGCAAACAAAUCUGUUGCAGUUGACAUUUUGCACAAUAAAUGUUUUAAUGUGAACUUUUUCUUAGGGUGUCAACUUGUGUGUGGGAAAUGUAGUUCAUGCUAUAUAACUAGUGUGCCAUUCAAGGGUUUCACACUGUUCAGUGGGGACUUUCAGGUGAUUUUAUAAUAAAUGAGAUUUUAAGGUG